AUGUGGAACGCGACGCCGAGCGAGGAGCCGGGGUACAACCUCACGCUGCCGGACCUGGGCUGGGACGCUCCCCGCGACAACGACUCGUUUGCCGACGAACUCCUGCCGCUCUUCCCCGCGCCGCUGCUGGCCGGCGUCACCGCCACCUGCGUGGCACUCUUUGUGGUGGGCAUCGCGGGCAACCUGCUCACCAUGCUGGUGGUGUCGCGCUUCCGCGAGCUGCGCACCACCACCAACCUCUACCUGUCCAGUAUGGCCUUCUCCGACCUACUCAUCUUCCUCUGCAUGCCCCUCGACCUCGUCCGCCUGUGGCAGUACCGGCCCUGGAACUUCGGCGACCUGCUCUGCAAACUCUUCCAGUUCGUCAGCGAGAGCUGCACCUAUGCCACGGUGCUCACCAUCACCGCGCUGAGCGUCGAGCGCUACUUCGCCAUCUGCUUCCCGCUGCGGGCCAAGGUGGUAGUCACCAAGGGCCGGGUGAAGCUGGUCAUCCUGGUCAUCUGGGCCGUGGCCUUCUGCAGCGCCGGGCCCAUCUUCGUGCUGGUCGGGGUGGAGCACGAGAACGGCACCGACCCUCGGGACACCAACGAGUGUCGCGCCACCGAGUUCGCGGUGCGCUCCGGACUGCUCACGGUCAUGGUGUGGGUUUCCAGCGUCUUCUUCUUCCUGCCGGUCUUCUGCCUUACUGUGCUUUACAGCCUCAUCGGCAGAAAGCUGUGGCGGAGAAAGCGCGGCGAGGCGGCAGUGGGCGCCUCGCUAAGGGACCAGAACCACAAGCAAACCGUGAAAAUGCUGGCUGUAGUGGUGUUUGCUUUCAUCCUCUGCUGGCUGCCCUUCCACGUAGGGCGAUAUUUAUUUUCCAAAUCCUUCGAGCCCGGCUCCCUGGAGAUCGCUCAGAUCAGCCAGUACUGCAACCUGGUAUCCUUUGUCCUCUUCUACCUCAGCGCUGCCAUCAAUCCCAUCCUGUACAACAUCAUGUCCAAGAAGUACCGGGUGGCAGUGUUCAGACUUCUGGGAUUUGAACCCUUCCCCCAGAGGAAGCUCUCCACUCUGAAGGAUGAAAGUUCUCGAGCUUGGACAGAGUCUAGCAUUAAUACAUGA